CGGACAGAAGGCGGGAAAUUUAUUAAUUUUUUUUCGCUUUCAAAUAGAAGAUUAAAAAACCUUCCCUACGUCGCCUUUCAAGCCUCGGUCACUGCCCCGCUCUUAUUCCCGCCUAUUGUCUUCUCUGAUAUGCAAAGCUACAGAGGCAAAAAUUGAUGAGAGUUCCUCAUGUGUGUUGCAUCAAAUCUCAACAUUUGAUAGCAAAAUCCCGUUUGGAUGCUUUUCUCCGUUCUAAUAUUCAUGUUCGUUCUCCCUCUCCUCACAGAGAGAACUACACAAAAUGGAACACAACCCACAGCUAUGUUCUCUCAAACCCUCUUCUUUCUCUACUAGAAAACUGCAAAACUCUCUCUCAAUUGAUGCAAAUCCAGGCCCAAAUCAUCUGCACUGGCUUCAUCACUGAUGGGUUCGCCUCAAGUCGUUUAAUUGCCUUUUGUGCAAUAUCAGAAUCAAGAAAUCUUGAUUAUUGCACCAAAAUUUUGUACAAUACACAAAACCCAAAUACGUUUUCUUGGAAUGUAGCAAUUAGAGGGUAUUUAGAGAGUGAAAACCCUAAGGAAGCAAUACUUUUGUAUAAAAGAAUGUUAAGAAGUGGAGGUUCUAGGCCUGAUAAUUACACUUUCCCUUUGUUGUUUAAAGUUUGUGCCAUUUUACUGUUGAACUGUUUGGGUCAUCAAAUUCGAGGGCAUGUACUGCUGUUAGGUUUUGAUAAGGAUAUUUUUGUGUAUAAUGCAAUGAUAUACAUGCUGGCUUCUAUGGGAGAAUUGGAGUUGGCACGUAAGGUGUUUGAUGAAGGUUGUGUAAGAAACUUGGUUUCUUGGAAUUCUUUGAUUAAUGGGUAUGCUAGGAGUGGGAAGGCAAACGAAGCUUUAAGUAUUUAUGAAGAAAUGAUCAAGGAGCAAGUAAAUUGGGAUGAGGUGACAAUGAUUGGUGUUAUAUCCUCCUGUGCACAGUUGGAGAAGUUGAAACUUGGGAGAGAAUUUCAUCGAUAUAUUGAACAAAAUGGAUUGAAUUUAACAAUUCCUCUUGCCAAUGCGCUUAUGGAUAUGUAUGUAAAGUGUAGGGAUCUUGAGGCAGCAAAAGCAAUAUUUGAUAAUAUGACAGAGAAAACAGUUGUCUCAUGGACUACAAUGGUCGUUGGGUAUGCAAGGCAGGGGCUUUUGGAUACAGCUAGGAAGUUUUUUUGUGCAAUGCCGGAAAAAAAUGUUGUGACAUGGAAUGCCAUUAUUGGGAGUUAUGUUAAAGCCGAGCAUAGCAAGGCUGCAUUGUUUUUGUUUCAUGAAAUGCAAGCUAGCAAUAUUAAGCCUGAUGGAGUGACUAUGGUUCAUUGCUUAUCUGCAUGCUCCCAGCUUGGAGCACUUGAAAUUGGAAUAUGGGUUCAUCAUUAUAUUGAAAAGUACAAUAUUCCUGUUGAUGUUGUUUUAGGCACUGCUUUAGUUGAUAUGUAUGCAAAAUGUGGGAAUAUUAUGAAGGCUCUUCAGGUUUUUCAUGAUAUGCCAGGAAGAAACUCUUUAACGUGGACAGCCAUAAUUUGUGGUUUAGCCCUUCAUGGGAAACCACAUGAUGCCAUAUCUUACUUCUCCAACAUGAUUGAUAUUGGAGUUAUGCCAGACGAGAUCACAUUUCUUGGAGUUCUAUCAGCUUGUUGUCAUGGAGGCUUAGUUGAAGAGGGUCGCAAGUAUUUUGCACAAAUGAAAUCCAAAUUUAACCUGUGUCCACAGCUUAAACACUACUCUUGUGUGGUCGACCUUUUGGGUAGGGCUGGUCUAUUGGAGGAGGCAGAACAGUUGAUUAAAGGCAUGCCAAUAGAGGCUGAUGCUGUCGUGUGGGGUGCAUUUUUCUUUGCUUGUCGAAUCCAUGGAAAUCUUUUGAUGGGAGAAAAAGCAGCUUUGAAGCUUCUUGAGCUAGACCCUAGUGACAGUGGAAUAUAUGUUCUGCUUGUGAAUAUGUACAGGGAAGCCAAUAUGUUGGAGGAGGCAGGGAAGGUGAGGAAGAUGAUGAGGGAAAGAGGAAUAGAGAAGAUUCCUGGUUCUAGUUCAAUUGAGGUGAAUGGCAUUGUUUAUGAGUUCAUUGUUAUGGAUAAAAUGCACUCUCGAUCCAUACAGAUUUAUGAAUGCUUAACCCAAUUAACAAGACAAAUGGAGUUAAUUGAAUGCAUUUCUGGUGUUCCAAGUUUUGGAGAUGAUUUUUCUCUCAGACUUUGAAGUUGAAACCAGGAGGCAUUCUUUGUAUUAGAUGCAAACAUAUGAAAAUUAUUGAUAGAGGAAAGCUAUAUCCAUCGAUGACACUGUUCAUCUGAGUUGUUUA